AUGGUUGAUGCCUUUGUGUCAUAUGCAGUUCAAAAACUGGGGGAUUUCCUCAUACAGGAAGUUAACCUGCGUUUAAGUCUGAGAGAGGAAGUGCAGUGGCUUCGAAAUGAGCUUCUCUCCAUGCAGUCUUUCCUCAAAGAUGCAGAAGAAAAGCAAGUUGGAGAUCAUAGAGUUCAACAAUGGGUGUUUGAUAUCAACUCUGUUGCUAAUGACGCUGUCAGUAUACUAGAGACUUACAGCUUUGAGGCUGGUAAAGGCGAUGACGAUGGAUUUGCUAGUCAUCUCAAGGCUUGCGCUUGCAUCUGUAGGAAGGAGGCCAAAUUCUACAAUGUCAGCAAGGAGACCCAAUCCCUCAAGCAGCGAGUCAUGGAUAUCUCUCGCAAACGAGAGACUUAUGGUAUUAGAAAUAUCGAUAAUAUUGCAGGAGAAGGGCCAAGUAAUCGGCCAAACAAUCGGUCUGCCAUGGUUAGAACACUGAGGAGAACUACCUCCUAUGUGGAUGAUCAAGAUCAGAUUUUUGUUGGCUUUCAGGAUGUUAUAGAAAUAUUGCUAGCUGAACUUCUCAAAGCAGAGCCUCACCGAAGCGCCAUCUCCAUUUAUGGAAUGGGCGGACUAGGCAAGACCACUCUUGCGAGAAACCUCUACAAUAGUCCUAAUAUAGUCUCUAGGUUCCCAACACGCGCUUGGAUUUGCGUUUCUCAAGAGUAUAACACCAUGGAUCUCCUGAAGAAUGUCAUCAAAUCCAUCAAAGGAUGUGACAGGGAAACUCUAGAUCUGUUGGAAAAGAUGACGGACGUGACAGAUCUAGAAAGACACCUUCGGAAUCUAUUGAAAGAGAAAAGAUACCUUGUGGUGGUCGAUGAUGUAUGGCAUAGAGAAGCUUGGGAAAGUCUGAAAAGAGCAUUCCCGGAUAGCAAGAAUGGCAGCAGAGUUAUCAUUACCGCGCGGAAGGAGGAUGUUGCCGAAAGAGCAGAUAACAAAGGUUUUGUCCAUAAACUACGUUACCUUAACCAAGAAGAGAGUUGGGACCUCUUUUGCAAGAAACUACUCGAUGUUCAGGUAAUGGUCCCAACAAUGGAAAGGCUAGCUAAGGAUAUGGUGGGCAAAUGUGGAGGCUUACCUCUUGCAAUUGCUGCACUAAGCGGGCUUCUUUCACAUAAUAGGGGGAUAGAACAAUGGGAAAGGGUGAAGGCACACCUUUGGAACCGUGUGACAGAUGACUUCAUUGCAAUCUCGGACAUACUAUCACUGAGCUACAAUGAUUUGCCAACUGUGCUCAAACAUUGUUUUCUUUACUUUGGUAUUUUUCCAGAAGAUCGUCAGAUUGAUGCUGAAAACAUAAGUUGGUUGUGGAUGGCCGAUGGAUUGAUACCAGGAGAAGAAGAAAGAAUGGAGGAUGUAGCUCAAGACUUCCUGAAUGAGCUGAUAAGGCGAAGCUUGGUUCAAGUGGCAGCUACACAUUGGGAAGAAGUUACUGAAUGUAGGAUUCAUGAUCUACUUCGGGAUCUUGCCAUACAAAAGGCAUCGGAGGUAAACUUCUUUGACAUUUAUGGUCCGAGAAAGCAUUCCAUAUCCUUCUCAUGUCGCAGACAUACCAUCCAUGGUCAAGGAGAAAGGUACCUAACUCUUGAUUUUUCCAAAUUGAACUUAAGGUCAGUUACAUUUUUUGAUCAAAGAGGUCUGAAGCUGGAUAGGAUAAAGUUCCGCAAUAUGUUCCAACAUUUAUAUGUGCUACACUUGGAGAAUGAUUCUGACACAUUUACACUACCAGAUGCCAUAGGAAGUUUGUACAGCCUCAGAUACUUAAGCUUUACAGGUAGUUGUGAUAUCCCCUCCUCCAUAGGCAACCUCAAGAAUUUACUGACACUCCGCACCUUCGAUAAAAACUUUGAUAGAGUAUCCCGACUACCUCCUGAGAUAGCUAACCUAGUAAAUCUAAGACAUUUAGUCGUUCCAUACGAAGAACCUCUGCAACAUAUAAACAAACUCACAAGUCUUCAAGUUCUUAGAGGCAUUUAUUGUGAUCAGUGGCGAGAUGUUAACCCUGUUGAUUUAGUCAAUGUUCGAGAAUUAAGCAUGGAUGGUAUAAAGAAAUCUUACUCCCUAAACAACAUUAGCAGCUUGAAAAGCCUUAGCACUCUCAAAUUGUGGUGUGAAUUUAAUGAAUCAUUGCCAGCCCUAGAAUUUCUUAGUUCUUGUCAAAAGCUACAGAAAUUGUGGUUAUAUGGGAGAAUAGAAAAACUGCCCCCGUCAAACCCAUUUCCAAAUUCAAUCACAAUGAUGAUCCUUGCUAGGUCAAAACUCAUGGAAGAUCCGAUGCCUAUUCUGCGAAUGUUGCCAAACCUAAGGAAUCUCCAAUUAGUAGCAGCUUAUGAAGGAGAAGAAAUUACCUGCAGUGAUAACAGCUUCAGUCAACUGGAAUUCCUUCGUCUUGAAUAUCUUGAGAAGCUAGAAAGAUGGGAUUUAGCCACAAGUGCAAUGCCUCUGAUUAGAGGUCUGAGUAUCUAUCAUUGUCCAAAUCUAAAGGAGAUUCCAAAGAGAAUGAAAGACGUGAAGAGAUCUGAUAUUUGAUGAAACUUUUCAAAGCAUAUAUGAUAUCCUAUUUCAAGAGGCUUAGAAAAUUAGAUUCUUCAGCAUGGUUUGAAGAAUUAAACAAGUGGAGUCUGAUAUACUACCCACUUAGCGAAGUUUAGACCAGCUAUUUUGCUAGCCAGUUAGCAAGCAGGAUCAAGGAGGUAGAUGCUCUUCAAACCAAAAAUGAAGACCGUAUGAGCAAAAAGCUGAAGUCAGAACACCAGAUGUGGCAGAGAGUGGGUACUGGCAUACUGCCACGCCCAAACGAGGCUAGUGGUAAGGCAGUUUGGAAAGAGCCACAUCAUGCGCUGUAACCUAUAUCUGCUCGGAAAAGUUCUAUAAUUUGGAAGGAUCUCGAUUCUUUACUCUAUAGAUAGAGCACGAAAGGGUUUGCAAUUAAAUGAAUCACGGAGGGCCAAGGAAACCAUCAGAGCUUCAAAGACAGGUGAGAAACUCUUGACAAACAUCAAGAGAAGAAGAUAGCAAAGAGAGAACAACUGCGCUAAAAAGUUGAAUUCAUGUUUCUUCCUUCAAAUUAUUUUAUUGUAUUGUAUUACGUAUAGAGCAAUCUUUUUAUAUUUC